AUGAAGCGGUUGGGGGAUAAAUGUUAUUGCAAAGAUAAAAUAUCAUCGCCUAUUACUAAGUACACGGAGCUAGAGCCAGCUCUCUGUCAGGAGUUGCGAAAGAUCGUGGACGCCAUCGCGGUACCAGGGAAAGGGUUGCUGGCCUGUGACGAGUCUCCUUCAUCUCUGCAAGACCGAUUCGACGAGAUCGGAAUGGAAAAUACCGAAACUAAUCGACGCGAUUAUCGACAAAUGUUGUUUACCGCUGAUAAGUCUCAGUUUACACAAUACAUAAGCGGUGUUAUUCUGCAUCAUGAGACAGUUUAUCAAAAAACAUCCGAUGACGUCGAGUUAAUCGAAUUGCUACGUCAGAGAGAUGUCGUACCCGGCAUUAAGGUUGACAGGGGCCUGGUCCCGUUGUUUGGCGCAAAGGAGGAGAACACAACGGAGGGCUUGGACAAUUUGCAGGAGAGAUGCAUACAAUAUAAACGAGAUGGUUGUCACUUCGCCAAAUGGAGAUGCACGUUCACAAUUUCGGAGACAACGCCGAGUCAAUUGGCCAUGGUUACAAAUGCGAACGUCCUUGCAAGAUUUGCCAGUAUAUGUCAGAGUGCCCGGAUGGUACCCAUAAUAGAACCGGAAAUAUUAAACUGCGGUAAUCAUGGAAUAAACAGAGCGUUAGAAGUUAACGAAGAGGUACUCUCUGUUAUAUUUCAUACUCUACAAGAACAUCGUAUCUACCUCGAAGGUAUGAUCCUGAAGGUUGCAAUGGUUCUGUCGGGAAUAAAAAAUGGAGCUAAUUGCACACCGCAGAUCAUUGCUGAACAUACGUUAGCAGCUCUGCAGAGGACAGUGCCACCAGCAGUGCCAGCUGUCUUAUUUCUAAGCGGUGGACAAUCAGAUACAGAAUCCGUCUUAAAUUUAAACGCUAUAAUCACCUACGAGGGAAAAAAACCUUGGUUCCUCACUUUCUGCUAUGGUCGUGCUUUACAAAACGCAGCGUUGCACGCUUGGAAAGGAGACCCAGAAAAGGUGCAAGAUGCUCAGGCAACAUUCUUGGAAAGGGCAAAACUCUGCUCCCAAGCUUCGUUAGGAAAAUUGGAACCUGAGAACGGAGUAUGUACUAGGAGGAGUACGACUACUCGUUAA